AUGAAGAUCCUUAAACUUCCGUGGGUGGCACAUAAGGAGGAACAUCGUAAAUAUGAAGUAUAUACAGCGGAUGUGAGCCCAGAUGGACAAAGGUUGGCCACCGGAGGACUUGAUGGGAAGAUUCGAAUUUGGUCAAUCCCUGAUAUCGUCAAGUUUGCUCGGGCGGAUACACCUGUAGAUCAGGAAUCAAAAGCACCUUUGGCUAGCAUGAGCCGACAUACCGGGUCGGUAACAGUCUUGAGGUUUUCUCCAGAUGGAAAAUUCUUAGCUUCGGGCUCAGAUGAUCGGAUUCUGCUCAUUUGGGAACGGGAUGAGGAGGCCAAGCAGCCAGUGUUUGGCUCAGAAACUGAUAAAGAACAUUGGAACGUACGACGCAGGUUGGUGGCUCACGACAACGACAUUCAAGAUAUAUGUUGGGCACCAGACUCCAGUAUUUUGGUCACCGUGGGACUGGAUAGAUCCGUUAUCGUGUGGAAUGGGUCGACCUUCGAAAAAAUCAAGCGUUUCGAUGUUCACCAAUCUCUGGUGAAAGGUGUGAUUUUCGAUCCGGCAAACAAGUACUUUGCCACUGCAUCUGAUGAUCGAACAUUACGGGUGUUCCGUUACCACAAAGCCGGUGAUUUGAACUUCUCCAUUGAACAUGUUGUUUCCGAACCCUUUAAGGGUUCGCCCAUAACGACUUAUUUUAGACGACUCUCUUGGUCUCCCGACGGCCAGCACAUAGCGGCUCCAAACGCUACCAACGGACCUGUUUCCUCCGUAUCGAUUAUCUCUCGUGGAAGCUGGGAUACAAGCGUCACGUUAGUAGGGCAUAACUCUCCUACCGAAGUCGUACGCUUCAAUCCACGACUUUUUCAAGUUUUACACAAGAAGCCCAAGAAACAGAGUCCAGAGCCCACGAAACAGAGUCCGGAGCCUAACAAUGAGCAAAUGAAUCCAGAGGUGAAUGAUCAUCAGCAGCCACAAUCGAAAAAUAAGAGCGAGGAAGAAGAUGUAGAGACUGAGGAAGUAGUAGAGGAAAAGGUCGACUCGGUGAUUGCUACCGCGGGACAAGACAAGACUCUCGUAAUUUGGAGUACAAGUAAAGCUAAACCGCUGUUAAUCGCGUACGAAAUAACCAGCAAGACAAUAACCGAUAUGGCCUGGAGCCCCGAUGGUUCCAUUUUAUUCCUAACCUCGUUGGAUGGCUCGAUAAUAACCAUAGUGUUUGAACCUAACGAACUUGGACAAAUGAUUCCAUUGGAAAGAAACAUAGAGCAGCUUCACAGGUACGGUGUUGAUAAGGACUCCUUCGAAUUCCCAGAAAGCGUUAAGCAACUUGAGCUUGAAGAUGAAGCCAAGAGGUUGAGUGAUAGAGAAUCCAGGCUGAAACAGUCGAGCCUGGCGGAAUCUACGCAGCAACAACUGCUUCAAAAGCCAACUGAGCUUCCAUUACCUGGCACAGCUCAACGACCAACAAUUUUAAAUGUAAAGAGGAAAGAACCUCCUGUAGGUUCUGUCGUAUCGGCUCCCAAAAAACAAGAGCUCGCAGCUUCCAAUAAAGACUUAGACAAUCUUAACACGACCGUCGUGAAGAAUGGGCGUAAGAGAGUUGCACCUACGCUUAUUUCUUCGGGAUACUCUCCGGUCAAGGUAUCGAUGGACAAGCAGGUACCGUUUGAAUCGCGGUCAACAAACUUCAAGAGCGCAGAGUCUGGCGACUUGUUGGAGAUCUUGAAGCACAAACUAUCGCGUCAGUCUUAUCCACUGCCGAGACUCGGUAUCCAUUCCUUAAUCAUGGGCGUUCGAGAACGGGGCGUCGACAAGUACUACCGAGACGGAGAUUUGAAGCCAAAUCAAGACUGGAAUGUGCAAAAGGAGGAGGAAGAAGCAGGAGAAGUUUUGUCGAAAGAUCACAUAAUGAAGCUCAAUUCAAAAACUACCACUGAAAGAAUCUGGUACGAAGAGCCUAACAUCAGAUAUGUGGAAACGCCUAAUGUUAUUUCUGAGGCCGAUGUUUUUUUGGUGGAGUUUGGUGGACUUAAUGACUUGUAUGUGAUGGAGAUCCGCAACGGCGUAGAACGUGGGCUGCAAUUCGAUCGCGACCAGCUUUUUGACAGCCCAACUAAGAUCUUAGCUUACCAUCGCGGGGAAAGAGUGAUAGACAUUUUGAUACCCGAAGUAAUAAUUUGCGCGGUGGGCUCGGUACGAUGCAAGUGUUGGAUUUUAGCAACUGCGGAUGGAAACCUGCUUAUUUACACAUCUUUUGGUCGGCACAAGCUUCCGAAGAUUGCAUUGGGACAUAAGGCUAUCAAGAUGACUACUGUUGACCGCUACUUACUCGUGCUGACGGAAACUGGACUAAUGUAUGCAUGGGAUCUUCUGAACAACAAGUGUCUUCACAAGAAAGUUCCUAUAAUGCCGAUAUUAUUCAAUGCGCCAGUCGAAUCGAACCGUGUUCGUGUUCACAAGAAAGUCAUCAAAAUUGACCUCGAUUUGAAAACUCAGAACCUGAUUGUGAGUAUCAUAGGCCCGCGCGAAACAUACAUGUGGAGUCCGCAUCUGGGUUGCUGGACAGCCCAUAGUUGA